GAAAAACUUGCACGGUGAGCGACGCCGUGGUGGAGAAAGACGACGCAGCGAACAAAACACACAAUGGCGACGGCGGCGACCACGGCAGGCGGGACUGGCUCAAGCGGACCGGCUACCGGCCCAGUCGGCGGCGGUACCGCAGUGGGACGGAAGAAAGACGGCGGUCCUUCGACGAAAUUCUGGGAGAGUUCAGAGACGGUAUCGCAGCUGGAGACGGUUCGGCUGUGGAUCGGAAAGCACUACAAGAAGGUGAGCUAGCUGGGCCCGCGUCCCCCAGCACAAUGGAGCGCUGCUGGGCUAGUUUGGCAGUUGGUGACAAAAAGAAGUUUUUCUCGAGUUAAGGUUGAAUACAGAAGCGGGAUAUUAAGUUUUCAGGCUGUAAUAAACACAGAAACCGUGUAACCGUGUCAACAUAUGAACAAAUAGUGUAAUAAGUAAAGCGAAACUGCUUAUCAAUCAGCUAGCUCACUGUUAGCGUGCUAGCUGACCAGUCCGUGCUGCAACUAAUAACAUCCAAUGAAAGACUAAUGCAAAUUACAGCCACUGUAUUCAUUCAACUUCUGUAUAUAGUAAGUAUUUUUAAUGAGAAAGAAGAAGUUAAACGGUUUCAUCAGUACAUUAUCACGCCCAGGCUAACCAAAUGUUAGUCACGGGUUUUCUUGCUUUAAGUGCAACUAAAUGGAGCUCUGUAUUUUUCUCUGUAUUUAUGUUUGUUUAAAGUGUAAAGCAGUUAAGGGGAAAAUCUGGUCAGAUCACUGUGUGCAUUCUGCAAACCUCGUAGUAUUUUGUGCUGAAGCGUGAGCGCUGUAGAGUUUUGUCAACACAGCAGCAUACCAGACUGUUCAGGCUGUCCUCGCCCACUAAGUUAGCUCAACAAAAGCCUGAGUCUGUCUCCUCAUGCUGUUAUUCAGACCCACUGACACACUCCAGACACAAACAACCAGAUAAAUGAUACGAAUCCUCCUUAAAUUAAGUGUUUGAACCCAGUUUGGAGUGAGUUUGGUAAUAGGGCUGGGCAAUGGAAAAUUUUUAAUCACAAUUUAUAUUUUUUCAUAUCAAUCGAUGUUAAGGCUGCACAAUAUUGGAAAAGAACUAACACUGCAAUUUUUUUAAACCCUGCGAUAUAAAAAAAUACAGGAAUUUUCACCAUAUCGUAUUUAUGCUGAAAUCUUGUGGACAGUUAAGGGGUCGACGUGAACAUAGAACGCGAAAUUACGAAAUAUUCAGAGGCAAAGUUUGACGCGCCUGACUAUACACAGCAAACCCGAUGCGAUUUUGCAACUUUCCGGGGGGGAAAAAAGACACAUCACGGGAAGACUUUCUGCAAGGUGCAUGCAAUUCUCAGCGGACAUGUGUUUCUCCAUAGUACUACAUAGUAGCCAUAGUACUAGACACCAAACAUCUUUUUAACUUUGACUAAUUUCUUUAACAAAGAGACUAAACACAACUCACCUACUCUCUUUCGGCAGCUGCUUGUUUGUAGUGGGACCUCCGGGUGAGUCCAUAGACUACAGCGGGGUAACGCAGCUCAAUGAAGAACAUUUAUGAUGUUCGGUGUUACGGUGUGUUUGACCCUCAUGUUGUCUGUCUGCUGAAUAAACCACACGCAUCAGCCGUCACCCCCAACACACAUCAGUGAUCCUUGGUUUUCUAUAACCUUGUUUCCAGCUCACUGGACCACUUCUGGUGGGCAGUGACCACUCUAGACUGUGAACACCCCGCUAGACUAAAGUCACUCACAUAUUUACACUCGCUCAUUUUUCCUGAUUCUAUCAAAUUAAUAUCAAGGACAAAAUGUUCCCCUGCUGCCUUCAUAUCCUACCUACUGACGGAUGCCAUAUAGUACAGUGAUAACCAUUGUGAUCCGCCUCAGCUAAAUGCUGAAAGUGUGUGCAUAUUUCUAACUUCACUAACUUUGAGUUCAAUGCAUUUUGUUUUAUUCUGUUGUGUGUACCCCACAGUGGUGAUUUGAUAGAUUUAUCAUCAUUGUUGGCUGUAACCAGUUGCGACGACUGGUUUUCUGUCAUCUGUCGCAUCUGCACAGAAAAAUACAAGCAUGAGAAAGAUGAUAUCCAUCUGUGUCAGCCCACUUUCUCCCUGUGUGUGAGGAAAGACAGGCUUCAGGAAAGAGGAAAGACUGUGUUUUGGAGCCAUUUUCAUUAUGGGCUUCAUAUCCAUACACUGUACAACACAGGUGACAGCUGAAACAUGACAGUUGUGAUCCCGCACACCCUCAAUGACUGCGCUGGGGUUGUUUUAAAUCAUAACCGAUGUAACAAGUAAAAUGUAAGUUACAUAAUGAAUGAAUAAUGUCUUUUGUUUUCAUCUUAAAAAAGACAUAAAAAUCAAAAGAAAUCUUUUAGUGUUUGAGUUUGUAGUCAGGAGACUUUUGCAGAAACCUUUGCAGGCUCCUCUGUAGAGCUGGUUUGUCUCACAAUUUACCCGCUGGGAUAAAAAAUGCCCCUUUUGCAUGUGUCCCCUCGACAUUGUCCCGGUUAUAUUUAGACUAAAUCUUGCGUGAGUUUUGCUUGUCCUAUUUCCUCCAACUGACCUUGUAUCUUCGCUGCGCUACCAAAGAUUUAAGCUCUGUCCCAGGGCAGCAGUGAAAACCCAUCAUCUGAGAGAAAAGAAAAUGAGUAAUAAGCAAGAUUUAGAAAAUGGAAAGACCCUGAAGAGCAGAAACUCUUUAUGUUGACUCUGUGAGCUCUCGGUGAUGUUGUUGUUGUUGUCCUUUAUAGAAGAAAAACAGUGAAAACAAAUGAUUCAGUGUAUAUAGCAUAGCAGAAUUACAUGAAUCUACUCUGGGCUGCAUCCAACAACUGCUGUCAGUAUUCUUGAAGUUGUUUAUUAUCUGCUUUUGAAUAAUGGAUGAGUGGUUCGAUUUGUUGGCCACGAGUUUUAUAAUAUUGUGGGUUUAUUCGAAGGUCUGACAGUCUCAGGGAAGGUUGUUUGUAUUUCUAUCAAUCAAUUCAGCCCGUCAGUUAAAAUGUACUUUCCUAAAACUAUAAAUCCCUCAUCCAGAUUGCUUACAUCCCCGUUCACAUGCAAUGACAAACCUCUCUCUUUGCAUACAGGGUGGUCCCAGUUUCAUUGUAGUGUUUGAAUGAUCCUUACUCUCUCUCUCUCCCUCUCUCUCUCUGUCUGGUUCCAGUAUGUCCAGAAUGACUCCCCCUCCAGUAAAUCCCUGGCGGGUCUGGUCGUUCAGCUGCUGCAGUUCCAGGAGGAUGCAUUUGGACGCAGGGUUAACAACCCCGCUCUCACCAAGCUACCUGUAAGUAAAUCACACCUGCGUUUUGUUGCAUUUGAGCUCUUCUCUAUUGCAUUAUCCCCGGACAUCAGAGCUUCAUGGUUUCUUUGCUUUCCUCAGGCCAAGUGUUUCCUGGAUUUCAAGGCAGGAGGGGCUCUCUGCCACAUCUUGGGCUCGGUCUACAAGUUCAAGAGCGAGCAGGGGUGGUGAGUUGACUUGUGACCCUUAUUAUUUUCUUGUGUCACCCACAGCUCUUAUGUUGUUCAUUUUCCUGCUUUGUCAUCCUCCCGCAGGCGCAGAUUUGACCUGCAGAACCCCUCCCGGAUGGACAGGAACGUGGAAAUGUUCUUAAACGUGGAGAAGAACUUGGUCCAGGUGUGACCCAUAAUUCUGAUUCACACUCCUUUAGUCUGGGAAAAGCCUGGUGUCCUCAUUCGAGUUGACAGAUACAGUUUAUUCCUCCUAAUGACAAUGUGAAUGAGUUUGAUUGAUUGUAUUUGAUUAUAAUUGGAAGAGAGAUCCCAGUAAGAUGAUAAGAACAAGUUUUGAAGGCCAAAAUGAACGAUUGAAUGUCAGUGAAUUAUAUAAAUCUUCAGUUUUUGGUCUAAUCUGCAUAGUUAAGUUAUAAUAUUGGUGUUUUUCUGAAACCUCUGUGCGGUUUGAACCAGUUUAAUCUCAGUGGUCAUGGAUUUCUGAGCCUGUUUCUGUGUUUAAACUUUAUGUUAAACCCUUAUAAUCUUGUCUGGACCAUAAACAGAUGAUGCUGCUUAUUGAUUCAUGGGUGGACGACAACUGCUGUAAGAAUAUUUCUUUACCUUAACACUGUUUUUUUCUUGUAGAACAACUGCUUGACUCGCCCCACUGUGUUCCUGUCGCCUGACAUCGAGCAGAAGCAAGCCAGUAAGCUCAAGGACAUCAUCAAACGGCACCAGGUGAGCCAAACUCGGACAUGAUGGCGGCGAACUCUUUUGUAUCCUGUCGGUUUGCUAACGAUCGAACUUCUCCUCUCUGUUUUAGGGCUCCAUGACUGAUGACAAGUCUAAAGCCACUCAUCACAUCUACCCGUCUCCGCCCCAACAAGAAGAAGGUAGGCGGGAACUUUCUGUGUACUGCAGAUUAAACCUGACAGAUUAAACAGUUUUUACUCUGCAUGCAGUUGUCCAUUAUUUGUCGUAGUUUAUUGGUAGUAGAGUGAAAUGUUUUCAUCAGUAUUGGUCUGUGUUUGUUGCAGAGGAGUGGCUUCGUCCAGUCAUGAGGAAAGACAAACAGGUGUUGGUUCACUGGGGUCUUUCUCCUGACAGGUGAGCACAGAGGAAGCUCAAAAGUCCCAUCUGGGUCUAAUAUCAUUCAUGCCAACUUUUUUAUAACUCUUUUCUGUUUCAUCUCAAAGUUACGACACCUGGGUAUCAGCCAGCGAGGUGGACGGGGAUGUGGAGGACCCGCCCAGCACCGACAGACCGUGGAAGGUGAGAGAAACACUCCUCAGAUUUCGUAUCUGAAAGCCAGAAUGAAUGAUGAAACAUUAAAGGAAGCAUCUCUCAAAGCUGCUGAAUCAUUACCCUGCAGCAUCUCACAGGAAUUCCUUUUUGCAGGCACCAAAGCUGUUCAUGUUUUUCUUCAAGAUUAGUUUAAAGCUUUUACAUGCAACUGUCAGUCUGUCAUGUCAGUAAACGAAACACAAAAAUCUAGAGUAAGGGGGUCAUGUGAACACUAUUGUAGGUGCGCUUGCUUCACCAGUCGGGUUGAGUGUUAAAGGUGAUUUAUUGUUAAAAAAGGAAAGAAAAAACACUGAUCCAGGUCCAAAACUUUUGCCUUCAAAUGAAAAAGUGAUGAGAUGAAAUGAGGGUAAAACAGGAUGAGUGAAACGAUCAACAGAAAAUUAUCAGAGCUGACCAAAAACCCAUUCUCUGACUACACAUUGUCCUGCCGAACAUCUUAAAACCACACCCUUCAGUGUCGAUCCCUGGAAGUGACACACCUAGUAGAAAUCAUAUCCUCAACAAAUAUAUUUUGGCUCCUACAACCAUCAUGUAUAAACAUAUUAACUAGUUAUUUAACAGCUGCUGAUUGGACAAACCCUAAACAAAUGUUAGCAGAGUCAGCACCGCCAGUCAGUGUUUCCUCUGUCAGGUCAGCCUCCACUUUAUCAAUCGUCUUAAUCCCUGGGUUUAUAUUUUCAGGUCCACGCCAAGUGGGUCAUGGACACUGACGCCUUUAACGAGUGGAUGAAUGAGGAAGACUAUGAGGUGGAUGAGAACAAGAAGCUGGUCAGCUUCCGUCAGAGGAUUUUCCCUAAAGAGGAGGAUGUAAGUUUUUCUGCGCUGCGCUCGUUCGUCUGAGAUAAAACUCAUUGUUAUUGUUGUUAUUACAAACCUUUUAAAGAGGAUAAAAAGUGUAAAACUGUCCAAACACUGUUAAAAUAAGUCGUGUUUCUGUUUGAGUGUCUUUGCUGCCGGUCUGUGUGGUUGUCUGUCGCCGUCCUCUGUGGAUUCGGUGUUGUUGCUGUUUUCCUUCGUCUCUUGUUCGUUGCGCAUCCUCUCCAAGCUUUUCCUCACUCUUUGUCUCCUCUCAGUUUAUUCCAGGGCUUCUGUCCACUUCAGACAAAUCUUUGAGGAUUUCAGAAUCAGACCAGAAGUUGGAAAAUUUAGUGGGUUUCUUACUUGACUGGUCACUGACCGAAAAAUUACUAAAGAUGCUUAAUCGGGUUUUAAGAUUUGGAAAAGUAAAAAUGGAUUUCAAAGGGUUUACGCCCUGCUGUACAGGAUCUUUUUGUUUCUUAAAUGGUUUAAAAUUUUGGUUUUGAAUAUUUUACAACAUUACUGAAAGGAUCUGUGAAGAAAUUCUUUUGUUUGUUUUAGUAAGCUGUCAUUAACAACCAAACAAAGCCACACUCCAACAUUUUAAUCCUCCAGACUCUUGAGUUAGAGGUUAUUCUCCAUCGUAGAAUAAAAGAGUUGCUGGUAAAGGAUUUAAGAUUUCAGGAACUUUGAAAAAUGGUCCCGGUGUGUUUUCCCUGAAGGGUUAAAAAUGUAAACAAAGAUCAGCAAACAUCAGCGCUGAGCGAUAACUUAAUCCAGAGUGAGUUUCAGCUCGAUGCACGGUUCAAAAAGUGGAAAAUUAGUUAAAGUUGAGAUGGGACAGUGAGCAGGAACCCUGGUCGUCUCCUCCACCACCACAGCAUCUCCCUCCCCUCCUCCCUGUCGUCGUUCCUCCUCUGCUUCCCCUCCUUGUGUGUGCAACCGUUCCAUCCUCUCAUUCUGCUGCUCUUUCUCUCAUCCUCCAUCCCUCGUUCCCUGCGCUGCACGGGGUUUGUCUGAUCAGUCUUCCCGUACACCUGAUCGAAAGGAGCGCAAGGCCAACUCUGCCGGGAAGAAGAGGAGGCGCUCGCCCUCGCCGCCCAGCACUCCUGCAGAAUCCCGCAAGAAGGGAGGAAAGAAGGGGUAAGGAUGCGACCGGGUGCAAGUCUUCAUUUAGUCCCUUGACUUCCUCAGGGUUAAAGAGUCUUUAUAUUUAUCAUUUUUAAGUUAUUUUCUGAACACAGUAACAGAAUGAACCUCUCCUGCGUUUCUUUGACUCUCGUCUUUCCCGUUGGUAUCAGGAACCCGGGGCCUCACUGGAAGCGGCGGGGCCACAGAGGCGAGGAGGAGGACACGGAGGAGGACAUGACCAAGGAUAUGGACGACUCCUCGGCCGGUGCGAGCAUAGAGGAGGGCAGCAUGUCCAAAAAUGGUACGAGAAAAGCACGUGUGCUCUAUCUUGACCAACCUGCUCAUUCAAGGACAGGAAGUAUCUGGAUAUCAGAGUCAUAAUAACCCGAGCAGAGAAGGAGUGAUUCGUCAGUUUUUAACCUGCUCAACAGCUUUACAGUCGAUCAGUAAUCUGCACAGGGCUGUUUUAAUAUCAGGUUUUUACUUUCUGGGUUAAACUUCGCUCGAUAGCCCUGACGAUUUUCCUAAACAUGUAUACGGAAGCUGACUUGAUUUUCCACGACAUGAUCACAGUCCUGAUUCUGCAUCCUCAGACAGUCUACGAGAGUUGACUAAAAUCCCCCUCAGAGGCAGAUCAGUCCUCACCUCAGUGAGCUGAUGUCUCUGUGUUUAGAUUUUCAAAGAUAUCAUCUGCAGAAGAAAGAGAGAGAGAUCGAACAGAUUCAGUUUUCUGCAGCGACAACAAAAUGCAAAUGAAAGUGCAAAAACAUGAGGAUAGGACCUCGCUCUCCUUCCACUGCUGCAUGGAUCAUUGUCCCGUUAGAAAAGCAUAAAGACAGCCCUGAGGGUCGUGCUUUUAAAUGACUCGAUUCCUUCUCUGCAUAAAGAUCCUCUUUAAACCCAAACACACAAUCCUCCCUGAAAAACGCUCUUUUUAGACCAGGUCCCAUCAGCUAUGUCCCACUUUUUACAGAAAUCCUUCAACACACGCUCUCUAUUUUGGUGUCCUCUUUUUCUAACCGGAGUGCUCAUUAAUGCCUUCAUGUCUGCGGCUGAAUUAAACACUGUUUGAGGUUUUUUUUUUCAGGCCUCCACAUGAUUCAGUUUUUCCUGUUUUCUUUCAGCAAAUUCAAAGAAAGACAGCGAGAACACGCCUGUGAAAGGAGGGAAUGACCUGGGUAUGUGAGACGAUCUGUUCAUAAAUCACAAACCAAGAAGAAAAAUCAAAAUUUAAACUGAAACCCAUUUUUUUAUUGCCUCCCAGAUGACAUGGAGGAUGACUCAGUGCUGUCUGGAGGAAAGGUGAGAUGAUGGAUUACCCAGACUGCUCUCUGCUUUUUUUUCUCGUGCAUUUACUUUCUUCCCCUUACACCAGACAUUUCUCGUCCUCAUCUUUGCUCUUGUUUUUCUCUCGCUCUGAAGGAUGAUGAGGAGCAGGGCAAAGCUGAAAUAAACCGACUGAUCGACGCCGGAGAAGAUAACGUGACUGAGCAGACUCACCACAUCAUCAUCCCCAGUUACAGCGCCUGGUUCGACUACAACUGGUAAGAACCACAUUAGUCCUGCUGCAUCGACCUUUUGAAACACGAGAAGAAAACCUCUGAUUUCACUCUUUUUUUUUCACGGCAGCAUCCACGAGAUCGAGCGACGAGCGCUGCCCGAGUUCUUCAACGGGAAGAACAAGUCCAAAACUCCAGAGAUGUGAGCGCACACACACACACACAGACACGUCUCUUCAUGUGCGUCAUCUCGUGUCGUGGCACACGUUCAGGUUUAUCAUUUUGGGGUUCUGCUCAUGUCUCAACAGAUACCUGGCUUAUCGUAACUUCAUGAUUGACACGUAUCGGCUAAACCCCCAGGAGUACCUCACCUCCACCUCCUGCCGCAGGAACUUGACCGGAGACGUCUGUGCCAUCAUGAGGUGAGCAAAGGCCGAGACUUUAGAUAAAUGAAUGGGGUGAAUUUAUCGGAUAUUUUAGAUUUGAUCGAUCGGAAAGUCAAAUUUUAAAAUAAGUAAUGGCUGUUUGUCUCCAGGGUUCACGCUUUCUUGGAGCAGUGGGGUUUGGUGAACUACCAGGUCGACCAUGAGAGUCGCCCGCUGCCUAUGGGUCCUCCACCCACACCUCAUUUCACCGUUCUCGCUGACACACCGUCUGGCCUCAUGCCUCUGAACCACAGACCUCCACCGGUAAGUGAUGGAAGGAUAUUAUCCUCUCGAGUUCUUCUACAUGAAACCGUCUGAAUAUAAACAAACUGUUGUCGUCGUUCCCGUAGAUUCCUCCUCCGCAGCAGCAGAUGCCCAACUUCAUGGAUAAAGGCAAAGACAAGGCCAUCGACCUGCAGAACUUCGGCCUUCGCUCCGACCUCUACAACAAGAAAAACAUCAAGGUCAGUGAACAACUCUUUAAUGCAGCAAACAACCAAUUCUGGUUUUUAAUUUGUUCUCUUUAGCUGCUUAAAUUGGAGUUUUUUGAGGGCCUUUGUCAUUAAAAAUCACUGCAGGCAAGGUUUUAUGGUGUGAUGAAGUGUACAGGGAAUAAAAACAGUAAAAAAGCAGCAAAGUCUGUUUUUCUCUGACGUACAGAUCUCAGUAUAAAUCUGAUAUCAACCACACGAUUCUUCUGGGUUCACAAAAUGAUCCAUAAAAGGGAGAAAAGAUGAUUCUGCUCAUCUCCUUUCGUAAUCUCUCAAUGCCUUCUCUCUCUCUCUCUCUCUCUUUCUCUCUUUUUCUCACACGACUGUUUAUUUUUGUUGCCCCACAGGGAAAAGCUGUAAACUCCACCAGGGAUUGGACUGAACAGGAGACUCUGCUGCUGCUGGAGGUAAGCCUCAGAGGACCUGAAAGAGAAAAAUACCUGAUUAAAGACCCGUCUCUCUCUGUUUGAGCUCCUGAGCUCUGAAACUCCGACUUCAACCAGCUGGACGAGAAACAGCUGGUUAUUGCACUUGUUGAUUUCCCUCCACUUUGACACUCUUUCUUCCUUCCUAACCUCAUCUCAUCCCGUUUUAUUUCUUUGUUUCCUUCUCUGCAUCUCCCUCUUACUUUCGUCUUCUCACAGCCUCGUAUUCUUCGUUACACUCUCCUUUUCCUCCAUCCUGCGCCUCCUGACCCUUGAUUCCCUCCCUCUUUUCUCCAGCUCCUACCUCUGUGAAUACACGAACAAAAGACCUAAAACUUGUAUCGUCUCUCCUCUCUUAUCUCUCCUCUAUCAGGCUCUGGAGAUGUACAAAGACGACUGGAACAAAGUGUCCGAGCACGUCGGUUCACGCACACAGGACGAGUGUAUCCUUCACUUCCUGCGGCUGCCCAUCGAGGAUCCGUACCUGGAGAGCACCGAAGCCUCUCUGGGUCCUCUGGCGUACCAGCCCAUCCCCUUCAGCCAGUCUGGAAACCCCGUCAUGAGCACAGUAGCCUUCCUGGCCUCCGUGGUCGACCCCAGAGUGGCGUCCGCUGCUGCAAAGGCAGCUCUAGGUGAGAACGAACAAACGAGAGCAGCAAAGAUUUUCCAGUUUCACUACGAUUGAAUCAGUUUUUAUCAUAAGAUGGCAAGUUACCCAUUUGGGUAAAACUGCAAAAUACUACACUGAAAAUGAUAGACGUGUUUCACAGUAUCUGGUUCAGGAGAUGGUAGAAGUUCAGAAAAAGAUGAACCCAAACACAUAAUGAUCUGCGGAUAAGGCCGUUUGAUUUUGCUCAACUAGUUUGUGAUCCAUCUUACUGUGUCAAACAGGGAUUUGGACUCAGUUCCUGCAGAGAGGACGAGUUUUGAUCAAAUAAAAAUGUUCAAGAAAACUCAAACAGUAUAAAAGUUUUUAAAGUCUGUUUUUAAAUUGAGGUUUAUAUUAAAUGAUAAACAGACCUGUUCAUGUAACCUGGUUCACUUUGACGGCUCUAUGUUUAAUGUAGUGUGAGUGGGCCAGUGUGACAUAUGAUGUAAAAGCUCUGAGUGGUCACAUGACCAGAGAAACUCACUCCUUUAAUAAUGUAAACCACCUCAGGACGUCAUUAUGGUUUUUUUUUAAACAGUAGAAAUUUAGAGUAACAGUUCAUCAUCCAUUCAUAUCCAUGAAUAUCAUUUCAUUUCUGUUAAUCAGACUCUCCAUAUGUAUGUCUCUCCUCAGAGGAGUUCUCCCGUGUGCGUGAGGAGGUCCCCGCUGAGCUGGUGGAGGCUCACGUGAAGAAGGUGCAGGAAGCGGCCAGGAGCACAGGAAAGGUGGACCCCGCUUUCGGGCUGGAGAGCAGCGGCAUCGCAGGCACCGCCCCCGAGGAGCCGGAGAAGACAGGUGAGCUUCGGUUCUCCUGCAUGUUGUUGCUCCUGCAGCCACUGGAGGGCAGCAGAUAGGAGCAGUUGGAGAGGUAGAAAUGAUGGAGGAGAUUCUCAUGAGGAGGAGUGUGCAGUCAAACAGCUUUCCUCCCUCAUCAGCUCGUAAUCUUAAUGUUGCGUAGUUUGGUCAAUAAUCUUGCAUCCUGCUGAAAACACAACUCAGUUUGCUCAACAAAUCACCAGAGGAGGGGAGUGUGAGUCAUGGCGGCUCGGUCACAUGAGCGAAUGUGCUUCCUCUGCUGAGUUUAAACGCUCUGUGUGAAGUUUUUAACUGGUCAGAAAAAGACUUCUUUAUGAUCUUUAAGAGUAAUAAUAAUAUAAUAUUAGAAAGAUCUUCAGGACUGUGCAGAAAUUGUCUGUUUUGACCAGUUUAGAUAUUCACACAGGAACACAGUUUAGUUUUUCCCCUCUAAAAGCGAAGUACUUUAAAUAUACUGCGUGUUUUAUGCAGAAACAGACAUUUCUGGAGGUCAUCUCAGACUGUGGUAAACACUGUAGUCAUGAUUUGGAUCGAUGACUAAUCAAACGCUGGACUGAUUAAUGUAGAGGGCGAUAAAACUGAUGAAUGAACGAAUGAAUGAACGGCACAGACAGUCUUUGAGAAGAGUUUACAGCUUCCUCGCUUUGCUGUAAAAAUGACGGUGAUUCUUCUCCUCGAUAUCAGGCAGGAUGUGAUUUUUUUUUUCUUUACCAGCAGUGGGAAGAGAAACAGAGAAAUAUUUGUGUGUGUGUGUGUGUGUGUGUGUGUGUGUGUGCGCGCGCAUCCGUGGUAACUAGUGGAUUAAAACAACAGUGGCAGAUGGGGCAGGAGAGUGGGAGGAGGGGGAGCAGAAAACUGGGUCAUCUCACUCUAUCAUUUUCAGAUCUCUUUCUCUCUUUGCUUUCUUGAAAUAAUUCUCUCGCUUUCACUUUCACUUUCACUCCCUCUCUCUUUUCUCACUUUUACACACACACAGACACACACACAGACACACACAAACACACACACCCGUCACACCUGAAUUGGUGCCCUCUGGAGCCUCAUUCCUGAUCAAUAAGCGUAAAUGUGUUCCAGCGUGAAGCACUCAACCGACACACGAAUCAUGUGAUCAAUAUUCAAACCCUUGAACACUCAGCUGUAUGUAGCACAUGGAUCAGCACAUCAUAUCAUCACGUGUGUGUGUGUGUGUGCGUGUGCGUCUUUGCUCUCGUAACUCUUCCCGCUCGCUUCAAAAGCCUUUGACCUUAAUUUCGUGUCCUCAGUUUCUCCCGUUUAUGUAAAAUCUCAAACAGGAUUUUGUGUCGCCGCUGCUUCACGCCGUUACACUCGUACCCCGAGUGUGUAGCAGAAUGGUUUUGUUCGGUAAUUUCUGCUUAUGCAUGCAUGAACGCCAUCUCACACUCUUCCUCACUCGUGUUGCUGCUUUUUGGGAGCAUAAGGGCGAAACAAUCGUAGGUAAAAUUCAGUUUGUACGCUGUUAACAAUCAUUUCUUGUUUCAUUGUAGAAACUCCAGAGGCAGAGAAGAUGGACACAGACACAGACUCCCAGCAGGCGGACAAGGUGAGACAAAACUCUGAGUCGUGGUUUUCCCUUCAUGAAUGAAGGUGAUCUCAUGUGACGCCUACUGCAGCAGACACUUUCACUCAACUCUUCAGUCGUCAUAUUCUGGCUCUUGAGUCAUAAUCUAAAGUCUGCUGCCUCAGCGGACGAUGAACCAUAAACCUUUUUAUAUUAAUACUGUGCAGCUACAAAGAAUUUGACCCUUCACGCAGGAUAAAUAAAUCUAAUCCAUGUUUUUUUUAUCAAGUGUCAUGGUAGUGAUAUUGGGGUGAUAUUUUUUGACACCAAAUAUACCGAUAUGUGCAAAAUGACGUCGGUAAUUGUCAUAAAUUUUGGUAUUGGUACAUUAUCGGUUUAUUGCCCAGCCCUAUGCCAUGGAACAUCAGCAGAUAUCAGCUUGUUUGACAGACUUUGGCACAUCUGCAAAUGUGUCCUAGACGGAUGUCAGGAGGUAAUGAGAUCAGUUCAUAAGAACGUUCCAGAAAAACACCUGAUCAGGAUUGGUUAAAUUGAUGUAUCAAACAUAGAUCAGCUCUGAUUUUCCCAAUCAGUGCAUCUCUAGUGUUAAUUUCAGUUGUAUCGCUCAACGUGGGGCUAAACCUGCUCUGUAGCUUCAGAUAUUUAGAUCUCAUGCACUCAUAUUAUCAUUUUCAUCGAUCCUGUUUUGGCCUCAAAUUUCUCAGCGAUGUUAUUUUGUUUUCACACAUUUUCUCUCUCCCUCUCGGUGAGAAAAGUUCCCUCUUCCUCCUCCUCCUCCUCGUCGACACGUGUUGGUUCAGAAAGGCCCACAGGCUGAACUUAAUGGGGUUUUUAAAAUGUUCAAUUUGUCCCGCUCUGCCAGGCAGCCUGCUGGCUGAGGACUUCCUCAUUAGCAUCCGUUUACCAGCGAUCCUGUCCAAACGCCAGCAAUCAUCCCCAAAGUGGAAAGAGUCACAAUGUGAUCUAUUGUUCUUUUAGCCUCCAGCAUCGCAGCGUUAACCGACCUAAAUGAUCCCAAAAGCUUUGACGAGUUUACCCUCACUUAGUUUUACACCGCUGUGAAACUUUUACAACUUUUUUGCCCACGUCUCUUAUAAUUGUCUGACUUUCGGCUCUUAAGUUGAAACUACUUUCCUUAAACUCCUCAGUAGGACUUGACCUUCCUCCUCUUGGCGUUGACACUCAUCAUUUCGUGUGUGCGUCCUCUUAUUUCAGGCGGAGUUGAAGGACGAGGCCGAGAAGCCGAGCGAGUCCGCAGAAAAGAGCGGCGACAAGCCUGAGGCCCCGGAGAAGGUGAAGAAGGAGGGAGCGGAGCCUUCAGAGCGCGAGGAGGAGAGCGAGGAGGGCGGAGAGGCCAAGGCGGCUCCAGCAGGUAACUCACUCUCUCCUACUGUGGAUUUCUGUUUUUCAUCAUGUGUGCAGUUACACUGAUUCAGCGAUUUACUUAUCUGAAUCAGACAAAGACAAAGACGAGGCGAUGGAGACGUCGUCCUCAGACCAGGAGAAGGAGAAGGAUGAGAAGGCGACAGAAGAAGGAGAGGAAAAGAGGAAGAAGCUGGAGCACGACAUCGGAGAGGGGAACAUCGCCACGGCGGCGGCUGCUGCUCUGGCAUCUGCAGCCACCAAGGCCAAGGUGAGACAAGACGAGCUUUCAUGACCUGAAACCUGCUGGUCUUUAAAGGUUUUGAUGGAAAAUAUAUCACUAAGAUCUCUCUUUGAAGACUCUAACCCCUCUCCCUCCGUUCCCUCAGCACUUGGCAGCAGUAGAAGAGAGGAAAAUCAAGUCUCUGGUGGCUCUGCUGGUGGAGACCCAGAUGAAGAAACUGGAGAUCAAGCUGAGGCACUUCGAGGAGCUGGAGACCAUCAUGGACCGAGAAAAAGAGGCUGUAAGUCAGAAGAAGUUUUCCUGCGUAUAUUUAGUUAAAGCUCGGAUUAAACGAGGACGCUGAUCCUGUAGCUCCGCGUUGAGGUCUCCUCUGAGAAAGUUCUCCUCGCUGUGGUGGUUGAUUUUAAAAUGAUUCGUUAACAAAACAAUAAUGGCCGCUCCUGACGUCCUUCACAACCAUUUUUGUUAAAAAUGUUGGAACCAGAUGGCCCGCCCUCUCUUGAUUCUGAUUGGUCAGUGAUUAAGAAGCGAAUUUAUUUUUUCCUACAACAAAAAAAGCCGAACUGUAUUUAACUUGAGUAGAAGACAGGCGCCUCCAGUACAUAAAACAGCGCCUCUAACGGGACAACUCCAUUAAAAGGAAUUAUGGGUAGAGGGGUUUAAGGCGGACAUUUACGAUUCAAAUUAACAUUUAAAAAAAACACAAAGAAGAGAGUUUAGAUUCGUGACAGUCUGUUUCCUUUCAGCAUCAAAAGGUUUUUAAUUUUUUUUCACUUUAAAAUCAACUUCUCCACGUCUCAAACUGAGAAACUGUGAAAUAAGUCGAUAUUUUCGGGGUUAUCAGCCGCCUGUGUGAGGUUCACACUCUUCUUCCUACUUGGUCCAAAUCUUCCACAGUAACCGAAGAGAAAAAAAACAGAGUUACUUCUUUCAGAGAGAAAUAAAACAUCUUCAGAGAAAACCAACUGAAUAGCCGGGCGAGAGAAAGUGUUACCUGCCUCUCCAGGCCGAAUGAAUAACCCUCAGCUCUGUGUGUGGGUGUGUGUCCUGCCACUGGACGAUCCCAGGAGACGGCACCGAGAGUGUAAAACUGUGUUUCUGCAGUGGAAGCAUCAGGAGCGUAGCCCAGUUUCUGCAGCUGUAAAUAGUGCAUGAAAAGAACUCUGGUUUACAUAAGCCCUCCAAAGGAGAGAGAGAGAAAUCAGACCUCUGCUGCUGCUGCUGCCAUCGGCUGUAAAACACCGAGAAUAAAAAAACAAAGACCCACACAGAAGAAAAAAAAGAGAAACAAGACAGUUUUACACUCGGCCCUCACAAACCUGCACAUGCAUUAUCUCCUCUGCAGUCAACAAGCGUGAAUCUGGUCAACACUUAGACUUGUUUUUUUUACUCUCUGCAAUCACCAAAAAUAUAUUUUCUUAUCCAGUUCAAGUUGAACGCAGUCAUGCGGAGAAGUUGGGUUUCAUGCUUUUACCCUGACCUCAUUAAAAGAUGCUCAAAGCAGUUUGUAUCUGAACCAGAACUAUUUUCUGUAGAGGAGAGUCACUAAGUUUCUGAAGAGGAGCUCCAACUUCAUUAUUUUAUGGCUGUUUUUUUUUUUAGUUUUUUAGUGUGUCGGUUUCUUCUAAAGCUCGACUGACAUGUAAUACACAUGUUCAAAACCCUGCCGAGUUUCUGCAGACAGAUAAUGAGGGAGUGAAAUCAGUGCGGUGUUGUUGCCUUUUGUUUCUAAGUGGAAAAAAGUUUGUUUUCUUUGUUUGAAUCUCAUUAUUGUUGCACUUAUAACAAAUGAAAAAAAAGGAUUUCAGACUUUGUGCAGUUCAGCAUUUUUCCGCUCACCUGCAGCUGAAAGUGUAUAAAAGUCGUCGGUGAGUUUUCCUUUUGUCAUUUUGAUUUUCUUUUUUGUUGAUUUCACAUAUCGAUAUUCCAUCAACAUUUUACAUUUAUUGAUCAAAUUUCCAACUGUAAAGAAUAUUUGCACACUUCUCCAUCGUGGAGCAGAAAGCCUCUGUUUUUAGUCGAGAUGAUAAAGUCAGCUUCUCCAUUUUAUAUAUCGAUCAUUACCUCGACCCAAUCCUCGAUUUUUGGUGCAAAUUUUUUUAGCCAAUUUCUAGUCAUGGCCUUUUUAGCCGUCACCAACAUUAUCUUAAAUCUAUAUUUUUCUCCUGACGUCGUUAUCUCCUGGUUCUCGUUUCCCAAACCUAAACCUUGUUUCAUUUUGACUCACCGUCCUCCCGUCUCUCUCUGCAGUUGGAGCUCCAGCGGCAGCAGCUGCUCACCGAGCGUCAGGCCUUCCACAUGGAGCAGCUCAAGUACGCCGAGAUGAAGGCGAGGCAGCAGAUGGAGCAACAAGCCGCCGCCGCAGCAGCCGCGGCCGCCGCUCAGGCUCAAGGACAGGGACAGGCUCAAGGACCUGUUCCUGGAUCUGGACCCCAUCCCGGGCCCCCUCCACCAGGUAUGCACCCAGGAGGGCCUCAGCCACACCAUGGAGCACCGGUGCCCCAUCACGGAGGGCCGCCACCCGGUGGUGCAAUGCACCCCGGCUACCCCCCAAUGGGUCACCACCCAAUGGCCCCACAUCACCCAGGACAGACAGGUGAGAGUCCGAAACGCUGAAUCCAGAGAGUCGACAAGAACUGAGUGAUUUUAAAAGAAUUGGAGUAAAUUUUCAGUCUUCAUCAAUCAUCAAAAUUCAGCAACUUAAAUUUAUUUCACAUCGCCACGUUAGUCGCCUCAAAAACCCAAAGACUUGUCAUGUACGGUCAUGAGGGAGUAUCAAACAUCUGUCUUUAUUGCUUCACCUUAUUUCCAAUAUUAUAUUUGAGACAUAACGGACUUAUUCUAAACUCUACAGGACCGAUGGUACCAGGCCAGCCGAUGCCAGGACGGAUGAUGCCCGGUCCUCCCCCCGCUGGCCCCGCUCCAGGCGGCAUGCCUCCCAUGAUGCCCCCACGUCAUCCUGGAGCUCCCAACGGCAUGUGUGAGUACAAAAACACUCUCUGCCGCACUGUCCCAUCAUGUUUACACGUAUAUAAACCUGUAUGUUUGCGCUCUCUCUGGUGUUGUGAACAAACCAGGAUCGGUUAAAAAAGUGGUGAUGCUUUUAGAAACGAGUGUUGACGCCACAAACAGCUCGAACAAAUAAAUGUACAUUUAUUAUGUUUAUUUCGAAGGAAGUAGGGAAAUCCUGCUUAUAGUUUAACACACUAACGGGGAUUGAACCAUUUGGAACCUGUUCCUGAUUCCCCUGUUUAUCAGGGAACCCCUCUCUCUAAAUCCAGACUCCAUUUGACCCCCUUUUAGUCCACCGUGGAGUCUCCUUUUCUUCAUCAGUCUGUUUUUCUGUCUCUAAACUCCUCAUCUGUCUCCUUCCAGAUCCUGGCCCUCCACCUGCACAGCCUGAAGCAGUUCCUCCAGUUCCUGUGGGUCCUCCAGCGCCCCCUAGCUCAUGAGUGACUCACAACUCAGACCUAACACACCCACACACCCACACACACACACAAUGAAAGCACACACACACACGUAUACACAAAACUAUCUCUGAACCUCAGCCCCCCAUCUUGACGGCCUUUGCUACUGGCUCUGUAUUUAACGCUCAUCACCCAAAAACCACCAUAAACUUAAUCACAGAACACACACAUGUACACACACACACACACACACACACACACAUACAGACUUCCUCUCAGGGCACAGCGGUAAGGGUGGCUUGUACUAAACACUGUUUUCGGCUCUGUUGGGUCAGAAGGAGGCCGGAGAGAACGACUCUGUUCAGACGACAAAAAAAAAAAAAAAAAAAAAACCUCUCUCUUACUUUUUUCCCUCUUUCCACUGAGUUUGAAACGACACUGUACCCCCGCCUCCCCACCCUCUUUCUCCUCCCAUCACGAAGAAAAACGAGCGCCUCUUUCUCGUCUGCUGCCUGUUUCGAAGCCGAACACUAGAGGGAGCUAGUGAGACAAAAGGGCAGGCCAGGCAUGAGAAGGUGAGGCGAACACACACAGAUGAGGACAAAACACACAAAAACACACACACAGAGGGGGGGCCUAGCCUCUUGUCUUGUCGAGUAUCUACCUCUCGCUCCUCUUUAAAUGAUACACUGUAGUUCUGUGUGUGUAUGUGUGUGUGUGUGUGUAUGUAUGUGUGUGUGUGUGUGUUCAGGAUCGCUGUUCUUCCUCUUUCGACUGAACCUUGUGGCUCUUUUACGUCACAAAUUUAAGUUUAUCUCCUCUUCCAGCAGUGAAAACUGGAGCUGAGCUGUAACCUUAAACUGAUUCGAUGUACAUUUCUAAAUUAUCUUCACUUUCUGUUACGUAGUCGUAGGAUUUCUUACUUUUCUAUAAUAUGGAUCGGUUUUUUAAAGCUCCUGUGAGUACCUCGGUUUGUCAUUUCAGUCCAACUUGUGCGCUUAUUUUGUGACAAAAAAUCUCCUUAAUCUGACUUUUGACGGUUAAAUCGAUCAUUUAUAAAAUAUUUUAUGUUGAAAUUGUAAAAAAAAAGAAAAUGUCUUUAGCUCCCACCAAAAGCAUUAAAAAUUCCAAUUCCAAUAUUGAAUGUGGUCUUGUUUGCUUCCUUAUACCAUAAAAGGGCAUCCAUAUGAAUUUCACACACUCCUCACGGGAGCUUUAAGACUGAAAUGGUUCAUAAAUAGACAGUAAAAUGAAAUGUUCCUGAACAGCUGUGUGUCUGUCGUUGUCGGUUAAUGUCACUCAAACAGGAGCGGAUUAUGAAACAUCUGCUCUCCGGGCUGCGGGAUGGUAAAUGUGGGAUUUACCGGCCGUAACGGAGUGUUUGUGUAGUAAUAAUACUGAAGGAACGUGCAACAGUGUGGUGCGUUUUUGAUGCUCUACGAUGCACCUGAAAAAGUCUGAAAAUUAGAGGAAGAACAGACGGCUCCUCCCGCCUCACACUCUCUCUCUCACACACACACACACACACACACACACAGAAAAGUAAGCUAAGCCGAGGCUCACACUGGAGGCGGCGUGCACACGACAACUUGGCCAGACCCUGCCACAAAGCACUGGACAACCACACACAAACACGCUCAUGUAAACACACAAACAAACACACACAUGUACGUUUAAUCUCCUGCUGAACUCCACGCAGCCUUUAUAGAGAGGGAGACGCCGUGACGCGGCUCAACUGAGACAUCCAAACUCGAAUGACGCUCCUCCUCCUCAGCGCGGCGGGCUUCUAGAUGUUCUUUAGGUGCUGAUACUGUAGCGAAUAAAACCCCCGUCCCCUACCCCCUUAACUUCUCGCACCUCUGCUUACAGUUUCCCCAACGCUUACUGCCGCCUACCUCGCUCGCACAGUCUAUCACUAACGCCACGAGACACGGGAAAACAAGCAAUAUCCUCAUUCCUGUGAACCAGUCUUUGUGGACGUAGAAACACUCUGCCACCAAACAAAUCAGAGCUCAAAUAUUCACUCAUCAAUCAGCUGAUUCUCAUUUUUUGAUUUCAGGUUAAAACUUUUUAAUUUGAACAUUUUUUAAAGGCACAUUUCAAAGAUUUUUAUGCCUCGACUCGCCACAAAAACAACCUAUUUAUUUAAAUUCAAUGUGGAUUAAUCAAAACCAAUAUAGUCCCCAUCAUAUAUGGCUUAUAUUAACUCAGUAUGAAUUCAUUUUCAGAUGCAGCUGAUAUCCUGCGUCUUUCCUAUACAACUCUUAGACUCCGCCCUCUUUUUCGCUCGCACUGUUAGUACUUCUGCUACCUCUUCCUGGUUCAUCUGCUAGCUACCUCUUCUAGAAAUCUUCCUCUCGCUCUCUGCUACCUCUCUGCGCACCCCUUCGCUACCUCUCGUCCCGUUUCCUUUUCUUUUAUCUACUCCCCCCGCCCACGUGACUGCUGCAUCACCCACUCCCGCCGCCCUCUUCUCCCCGUCUGUCGGAGGAAGAUCAGACAUUAAAAAAUAAGAAAACCAACGCCACACCUUCAGUCAUUUGACACGCCCUCCUUUCUCAUUCAGGCUUGUUAUAAAGAUCACUUAAAUAUGACAGGAAUCCCCCAACAUAUAUUAUUAUCUUUAAUCGCUACUUCUUGUGUUCAUGGUAAUGUAUUUUUAAGGAGAAGUUUUGUGUAGAUGGAAGUUAUCUCUGUUCUUUGGAAGUUUGUAGCAUUUGUUUUCCUUUUUUAUUUUGUAUGGGGUCUGUUGGUACUUGGACCUAGACACUGUCGAAUAAACUGUGUUUUGUAUGAAGUUGGU